CGGCGGGCUUCCAGCUCCUGCUUUUCCUUGAGCAUCCAGAAUAUGAGCUCGCCAUCUUUGCAGAACCAAGAUAUUGGGUCAAUUGCCCUCAAGCGCUGGUAUGUCCAUAUCGUAGAGUCAAGCUGAGUUGAGGGGUAGGCGUGCGGGCUUUCUUUGGCGGUUCGCUUGGAAUGCAAGAGUAUAAAUCGAGGGUGUAAGAUAGAGCGGCUCGCGGUGCGUUGAGAUGGAUAUCUUUCGUCUCUAUUCCAUUCAGACUCCUUCGCUAUGCUCUUCGAAGACAGCCAUCACCCUUGCCUAUCACAAAUACACAUUAGCGUCUCCUCAGCAAACCACUCAAGACAGUCCCACAUACCUCUGCUUAUGCUUCGGAUUCUUACUGCAAAUAAUAUACACAUACUUCCCUCCCUUCCGCCUCACGCUCUUGCACCCAUCGCACAGCUUCUUCACCGAGCUCCGCACCUUCAUGCCUCGUAUUUGCUGCCGGGCCACCGCUCGUGUGGUCGCUCCGCUGUUUUGCAGUUGCAGGUUCCGCAUGGCGGCGGUGAGGGAGAGUGCAGGUCUUUUGAGGGCGGUAGUGUUUGUACUUAUUGCGCGUGUCUGGGUCUGGCUGGGUUUGGGCCUUGUGGUUAAGAGUGAUGUCCUUAAGCUGGGGAUUCGAGGGCGGAGAGUGGUGGUGUGGAUUGAGCGCCGGAAGGCAUGGCGGGCGAAUCGAGGUCGGAGCAGCAUUAUGUCGAGGUUGUGGAGAGUAGGGAGGCUACACGGCGAGAUAUGAAGCGAAGGCGACUCGUGCAGAUGGAAUGCGGAUGGAUGUGAUGUGCGCUCGACCAUGGACUGAAAAGGCGUCGGAGCAAAAGGAAAGAUGACUAAGC